UCGCGACACCUAUCGCAGAUUUCUGUCUUGACAGAAGACGAUGCACGCUAACUUGUCUGAGCAUUGUUACGUGCGUGUUGCGCCGUCGCAUAAAUUUUCGCAGGUGGUGAUUUUUCGGUGUUGUAACGAGAGGAGCCCGAGGUGUGCUCCGAUCGGAGUGUCGGCACUUGGGAAGCAGUGACGCGAUCCGAAGCGCCUUGAUCGAGGGGCGUAGCCCGAAAUCAAGGAAGAAAUAAGAGCCUUGUUGUUGCGGUUCCGUACGCACGACAUACAUCUAGCUUUGGGUUUCGUGUUUGUCUCGUGAGAUUACGAGAACGCGUAUGUAAGAAGAGUUGUAAGCGAAAGAGAGAGGGAAGGAGCAUAGUUGGGAGAAAUCUGUUUAACAAUCGGGAUGAUGAUGAGAUAUCACAACGUAUAUAAUGUUGAAUCGUUUUGAGAUAAACUCAUCGACAGUGUCUUGAUUCUGAGAGUUCGAUUGAAGUGCACACAAAGGGUUAGACGACAUUCUGAGUCAUCCGUUAUCGACGUGCCAACAAGAAUCUCUGCUAAUGUGCAAUUCAGCAGAUACUUCCUACGUACAAAAGUUAGGUUACUUGAAUCUUGGGGAUGACACCGACGGUAAUACGUCGAAUGUGUCCAGAGUAUCAGGCUCUAGACCUGAGGGCCAAGUACCUGUAUCUAGAAACAGAUAUGACGGCAGAACGUCCGGUAGACCGGUCGGUGCUAUUGAGAGCUUUAUUGAAAGCAAUUCUUCAGAUGUUUCUCGACAGACAACUACCACCGACUAUAAAUUGUACGAACGUGAAAAUAUAAUAGCUGCUUCACGUUUUGCUACCCCCAAGCCAGUAGAACAAAUUAGCGCGCAGCAACAACAGCAGCAACAAAAUCAGGCUCGUGGAAAUCACCAACAAGCUCCUGUUUAUGAAAAUAUAGAUUAUUAUCCGCAGCAAAAUCAGCCUUCUUAUUAUCAUACAAUAGAAUCUAGAAAAAGUCCCAAAAGCAGUCCUAGAGGUUCGUUGGUUGGCGAGUCGUAUGAAGGAAAUUUCAGGAAAGCUCAGCCACAAGUGCCAACAGGCAAUCGUUACCAAAAUGCAUCACCAGCAAAAGAAUUACCUCCUUAUGAGGCUCCGCCAGUAUACGAAAAUAUACAGGAAGUACAUUUUUCUGAGAACAUGCAAAAUAAGCCAGGACCUCAAGUUCCUCCAAAUUAUUAUCAUCCAGCGAAUAUCAAUGGCGGUGAUUAUGUUAUUAUGACCGGAAAAGUGAAUCAGUCUCAACGAAUGUCUCAAAAUUUAUCAUAUACCCAACAAAGAAGUGGAAGUAUACGUGGUCAAAGUUAUGAUUCGAAUUUACGAUCGAUUGAACCAUCUAGGUACUUACAGAGCUCAUCCUCUACCUCUUCGGAUCAUCAGUCUGGAAGAAGCGCUUAUGUACCUCCUUCUGAACUACAACCGCCAAACAGAAACUUUAAUUACAGCAGCUCUGAUCAACAACAGUCUCCUAGAUCUAGUUUACCGUAUCACAGUGAAUCUCCUCCGAUACGCUUACCACCAGAACCUCAUCAUUAUCGCAGUUCAUUGGACAACACUGUAAGCGGGCAACAAGGAUUCCGUGCUACAAAUCAGAUUGAUAAUAACCAAUCUCCUCAGUAUCGACAGGAUAAUUCACAGAAUUACAAACAAUAUAUUGAAGCUUCUUCGAGAACUACAAAUGCGAAUUUUACAGGAGAUUCACAAGCUAGAAAUUCCCCGGUAUACGGGAUUCGCUCAGGAGAACAGACAGCGUGUCGCAAUCCACCGUGCUAUUCUCCAAAUCGAGCAAUGCCUCAAAAUGAUAGAAAUUAUUAUCAUCAAGAGAAUCGAUCGGAUUUUCCGGUGAGAAAUUCUCCUGUUUAUUCUUCAAAUCGUUCCACCGAACACUUGAGACUAGGCGCGCUACAACAAAAUGACAGAAACUAUAUAUCAGAUUUAUCAGAUACCUCAGCUACGAGGAGUUCACCUCUAUAUUCUCCAAAUCGAAGUGAUCCUACUAGAGCUAUAAUUGCUAACAACAAUGCAACAAGAGAAUCUCCAAAAACAAGUCCAACGCAUGCUCAGAUGUCGUCAGAUAUUGUAUCGCAGAAUGUAAUUAAUUCGCCCAGACAUGGACUGUCUCUUUCAUCCAAUACUAUUGGAAGUCCUGUACGUGGACAGGUGCAAGCUCCUGUUACUAGUGCUUCGACUGCAUCUCAUGAAACUGACACCAAUACUAGUCCUAAAAUCACUAGCCUUCCUCCCGGUGUCACGAGCGGAGUCGCAGGACCUGUAUUAUCAAACAAUGCAGGGAUGCAUAUAUUGCAAAGAUCUUCCAAUCCGGAAGUAGAAGAGAAAAAGUCUGUCAGUCCACCAAUCAAGCCUACACCCGGGAAAGGAUUGCUACCUUACAAUGUCAUUUCUAAACCUUCGGGACCGACAGAAGCAGAAAGGAAAAUUGAAGAGUUGACAAGACAACUAGAAGAAGAAAUGGAAAAGCAGGAAGAGGAAGGAGAAUACUUUGGUAUUUGCCAUACAUGUGGUGAGAAAGUGACUGGCGCCGGACAAGCUUGUCAAGCGAUGGGCAACCUCUAUCACACCAAUUGCUUCAUAUGCUGUUCCUGUGGAAGGGCGCUCCGUGGUAAAGCUUUUUAUAACGUUCACGGAAGGGUUUAUUGUGAGGAAGAUUAUUUGUAUUCUGGUUUCCAACAAACGGCCGAGAAAUGCGCUAUUUGCGGCCACCUCAUUAUGGAAAUGAUACUGCAAGCGAUGGGCAAAUCGUAUCACCCGGGCUGCUUUAGGUGCUGCGUAUGUAACGAAUGUCUCGAUGGCGUUCCUUUCACCGUCGACGUAGACAAUAAGAUCUACUGCGUAAACGAUUAUCACAGAAUGUUUGCGCCCAAGUGCGCAUCGUGUGGCAAGGGAAUCACGCCAGUUGAGGGAACUGAGGAGACAGUCAGAGUAGUUUCUAUGGACAAAGACUUUCACGUGGACUGCUACGUUUGCGAGGAUUGUGGUAUGCAGUUGACCGACGAGCCCGAUAAACGCUGUUACCCACUCGACGGUAGGCUCAUGUGUCGUGCGUGUCACAUCCAACGCAUAUCGCACACGCAACCGAGAGCGCCGCAACCGGUGUCGGCUAGCUAUCAGUUUAUGGGCUAAGUUGCACUGAUAAUCGUGCUGCUAUGGGAAAUUUCUUUCGAACUGCGCAUACACAACGGUCAUUUGAUAACGAAUACCAUGGAAACCACGCUGCCAACUGUAUAAGUUACACUUGAUUAAAGGGGAAGGGGGACAAAAAGGGAGCUCUUUCUAUUCGAUUGGCGAUACGUUAAGAAAAUUGUGCCGUACAUAAUAGAAGAUAUAUCGAAUAAAACAAUUUACAUUUAGGAAUAUUGCGAGCACGAAUAAUGGAAUAUGAUACGAGUCCGACUUUGCAAAAUAUCAAUUUAAUAUAGAAAAGUUAAUCGAUGAUUCGUUUAUAAAUCAUGUAUCGCGCAGGACUCUCGCUGCUAAUAACUGUUAAUCUAUUAUGAUAUCUAUUAUGCUAAUAAUAGAGUUGCUAUUAUUAUUAUACUUUCGUCAAGCGCAAGAUAUCAAAACAAUAUAUAUAUAUAUACAUAUAUAUAUAUAUAUAUAUAUAUAUACAUUUUAUCACUGAUAGCUCAUAAUUUUAUACAACACACGAUUGAUACGAAAGAACAGUCAAUUUACCGAGUACUAAGUGUUUUUAAACGAAUCUUGAAACAUCGCGAUUUUAAUUAAUUAAUUGUUUCUUUUACACAAACGUGUCAUUUUGACAUAAAUUUCAAGACUGGAUAGAAAAUCGAAAUUAUUACACUGCCCUCUUGGGAUCAUUUUAUCAGUAAACGUAGCACGUAAUUACUAAAACACUUGGUUUUAAUCGAAUCGAAAACCGAUGAUCUAGAAGUAAGUGGUUACAUGUUUAAUAUAUAUGCGAUUCUUUAUUUAUUUAGCGAAGGUAUUCUUUCCUCGAACGUACUGGUCUUAGUAGGAUGAAUAAGUUGCGUAGGCAACUGUGAUAUAAUAGCAUAAUAGGUUUAUUGUUACGCAAACUCCAUACUUUUUAGCGCAUGUAUAUAAUAUUCAUCACGGUCUUUUUACUACAUGUUUAUUAUAACGGACAAAUACGACGAAUAAACUUCGGGAACAUUCCUAUGAAUUUUCUCCGUCGCGAAAUAUUUCAUCGUACUUUGUACAUUUAUAAAAGCGACUUUAUUAUUACGAAUAAAGACAUACAAAUUCGGUUUUUUAGCACGGCAGUCAACGUGUUGACGGUAUUUAUUAAAACGAUUACGUCGGUCUCACUAUAAGAACUGUAAUAUUCAUGUUUACCAAUAAUUGAAUGGUAUACUUCGAGAGUUAUAGUGACGCGUUUGAUAUUUUCGCGGCGCACAAAGAACGAAGACUGGAGAAGCGUAUGAGUGUAGUAUCGAUAGUGACAAUAUUAUAGCAAUCGUUUGCGUUCAGCAGAAUGCACUCACUGUGCAACGGUUUACGAUGUUUUUUAACCGUUGAUAGUUAAAAAGCUACUGUGUGCAACAGAAAAUGACAAAAAUCAUAAACGGUUGCGUUCUGCCAAACGCAGCUAUUGAAAGACGCACAACUCAAGCUGCCAAAUAAAUGUGUUGUUACUCUUUACAACCUAAUUGUUUCGAUAUAAAAUUUAAGUAGAGCUUUAAGUCCGCGCGCGCGUAUUGUAGAUAGAACUAUAACUCUAUUUAAAUCGCAUAUAGCAUGUGUAAAAACUCGACAAUCUUUCAAUAAAGACGAUUCUACAAUGAGCAAUUUUA